AGCGGAAAUAGCGGGGGAAGUGCCAUGGAGGGAGGAUUCCCCGAGAGAAUCUCUGUGGACAGUUGUGGGCAAUAUCUGGUUUAGUCUCAGGAGGUGUGCGCCUCAGGUGGAAGAUUCUACCCCCGAGAGCUUGGCCGACAGUAACAUCGUUCGCUGCGGAAGCUUGAAAAUCACCUGGGGAAAAUGCACCAGAGAAAAUCCAGUGUCUGCAGGAUCAGCACGGAUUGUUCAGCUGGUCAAAGACCAGAGAAUCUUUAGCAGCUUUGAAUGGGUUACCAGCAACUGCAAUGGCUUCUUUCCAAAGGAAAGGACUGCAAACAAGGGUGCUUAGCUCCGAAGAGACGGAGAAACUGCAGAGAGACCAAGCUCUGGUGCCUGAUUUUAAACAGCAAAAACUGGAAAAAGAGGCUCAGAAGAACUGGGACCUUUUCUACAAAAGAAACAGUACCAAUUUUUUCAAGGACAGACACUGGACCACCAGAGAGUUUGAGGAGCUAAGAUCAUGUAGGGAGUAUGAAGGUCAAAAAUUGACUUUGUUGGAAGCUGGAUGUGGGGUUGGGAACUGUUUGUUCCCACUUUUAGAAGAAGAUUUGAAUAUCUUUGCCUAUGCCUGUGAUUUUUCCCCAAGGGCAGUUGACUACGUUAAGCAAAAUCCUUUAUAUAACACAGAGAGAUGCAAAGUAUUCCAGUGUGACCUCACUAAAGAUGACCUCCUUGACCAUAUCCCACCAGAGUCUGUGGAUGCUGUCACAUUGAUCUUUGUGCUCUCAGCUGUUCACCCUGAGAAGAUGCACCUUGUCUUACUAAAUGUGUACAAGGUAUUAAAACCAGGCAGAAGUGUCCUCUUCCGUGACUAUGGGCUGCAUGACCAUGCCAUGCUCAGGUUUAAAGCUGGAAGCAAACUUGGAGAAAAUUUUUAUGUCAGACAAGAUGGAACCAGAUCCUAUUUUUUCACUGAUGAAUUCCUGGCACAGCUCUUUGUGGACGCAGGUUAUGAAGAAGUGGCGAAUGAGUAUGUGUUUCGAGAAACAGUGAAUAAAAAGGAAGGCCUGUGUGUGCCACGGGUUUUCCUUCAGAGCAAGUUCCGGAAGCCUCCACGGGACCCAGACCCCACCCCUGACCCGCUUCACUUGGAAGAGAAGAGUUUUAAACUAACAUAGAUUUUUGUAUUCUGAAUUUUUAAAAUUACAUGUGUAAUUUUUGUAUUAAAAACUGUAUUUUUUUGUAUUAAAAAGUGGGGACUAGGGAGAUGGCUUAGCAGUUAAAGUGUUAGCUGUGCAAGCCUGACCACCCAAGUGUGACCCCAGGAAUCUGUCUAGGAAAACAGAGAUGGGUGCUGGAGAGAUGGCUCAGUGGUGAAGAGCAUUGGCUGCUCUUGCAGAUCACCUGGGUUGAUUGCCAGCACCCACAUGGCAGCCUACAGCCAUCUCUGUGUGUGUGCACAUAGAAAAACAAAAGUGUAAGUCGGUCCUGAAAGUCAGGUUCUGUGGUUUAUCUGUGUCCUACAAUUCUCUUUCCAGAAAGGAAAGCAAGGAGCCAAGGGUGCAGAUUCACAAAAUCGGUGUGCAAAUCAAGCAUUUGAUAAUAAAUACAUUAAAGACAA